AAGAUCUGUUCCGUGGUAUAUUCUUUCAAUUAGUCCAAAGUUUUCGUUGUUGUUGUUCUCAGUUUCAACAAAGUUGAAUUUGUUUUUCAUCUUACAUCCGGUUCAGAAAUUGAUUUGUUCCAGUUUAAUUUUGAUCAAUGCAUACUAGUCCAAAUAUCUGUGCGACUUCAAACCCGACUGAUCUUCACGCUUGUGUCUGCUUACAAUCCUAAUCGACAAUUGAAGUUUAUCUAUUUCGAAAAAAUGGAGUCUGCAUCGGGAAAUCAAACUAGCAGUUCAUGUUCACAAUCACCCCUCGAGUGUCCCGACUGUGGGAUCAAACUGACAGGACAGGCCCCUGAACUACCUUGUGGACAUUGCAUCUGCAUCAUAUGUGCCGAGAAGCUAGAGGAAAGUACAGAACAAAAGUGUCCGGUGCAACAUUGUCGCAGUCAUCAGACUAGCUUCGAUGAGCGUAUCCAGGUUUCAAACUUGCCAGUGAGGCCCAUAAUCGCCUUCAUUAUACCACCUCCUCCAUAUGAAGAAAGGACGGAAACUCCAUCUGUGAACUUCUGCGAAAAACACCCUGGCAAAGCAGUGCGAUUCUACUGCAACCCAUGCUCCAGGGCAAUUUGCGAAGUUUGCUGGGAACAAGAUCAUAAAGACUGGAAAUCUCACGGAGUCACGACCUUGAGCGUUUACUUAGAGCCACAGCUGAGAAUCCAGUCACGUAUCUCAGAUUACAGAGAAGAUUGUGAGAGGCUACGUGACUUUUUAAAAGAGUGGGAGACGGUUGUGACUCAAAUUGGAACAGUCGAGCGGAAACGGGAAGCCAUCCUGAGAAGCGAAUCCACGCGUGCUAUCGAGGAAGUUUCAAUUUAUGUGCGAAAUUCACUGAAAUGUCAGAUGGCUGAUAUUCAGAAGUUCAAGGCUAAAUUACUUGAUCAAUUCGGUAAAAUUGAGCGUUCGUUUGAAGACAUAUUCGGCGACACAGUGGCGACUCAUGAGGAUGAUAGGAGUUCUAGCUCUGCGGUCGGUGGACCAGCGCAGCUGAUUGCAGAGGGUGGAAUUGGGGCGUCAGCUAGUGAUAGUAGGCCAAGUGGAGCUGAUGGGUGGAGUAACGUUGGAAGUAGCAGUUCAGAAGGAGGGAUAAGUGUAGGAGUGGGUGAGAAUGUGGGGGGAGGGGCUGUAGAAAAGAAAGACGAGAGGAAGGAGAGAGUGUUGGUUGGAGUGAAAGAAACAGGGAAGCUGAAUGGGAAAAUUUGGUGUGAGAAGGCAGUAUAUAAUUGGGAGACAAGAGAAGUGAUGUGUUUCAGCUGGUUAGAAGGAGGUGUGAUUAGUGUAAUUGGUGUGAACGAGGCCAAUGACAAGUUGGAACUGAAGAGGACGAUGGAGUGGAAGAUCAGGGGAAGCAACGAUUAUUUGUGGGACAUUUGUAUGGACGAAGUAAACAACACUAUGUAUGGAGUGGUUAGACAGAAGAAACGAUAUGUGAUGAGUGUGGAGGAGUUGGACCAGUGCAGUCUGAAGAAGAAAGGCAGCAGCAACACUGAGUUAGACACAAGAGGACUCAAUGGGGAGAAAAUAUCUUGGUUCUUGGUAUCAAAGAGAGACACAAUCGCAUUGGCAGUUUUUGAUUAUAGAUGUAGGUUUGGUAAUUUUAAGUGGGAUAGUGUGGCCAUUUACAGAAAUAGAGUGAGAAGAGUCCACACUCUGUCACAUCUGAACAUUAAACUGAAGGAAGGUUUGUAUUGGAGUGGUUGUGUGUUGGUCAAUGAGACCACUCUCCUUCUCAGUUGUGGAAAUGAUUCAAAUAAAGUGGCAGUGGUCUCAUUGCCACCACAAUCACUUCACAAUCAAACAUCUUCUUCUUCGUCUUCACCCUCCUCUUCUGCAGACAGUACAGCGAAUGUGAAGUAUGUGAUACUCACUGGAGUGGAUCGUGUAUUCUCCCUUGUUUGGAUACCAUUUGGACAACCACUUGAAGGAUAUCUAUGGGUGGGGGAUUAUAAUAUUGAACACACACGUGUGUACAAAGUAGACCUCGAGACAGACUUGAAGAAUGUGGAAACUGGACAUGAGACACAACUACAAGUGCAUAAAAUGUCACCCCUAGAGAAAAAACUCACUCCAUUGUGUUCUACUGAUGACUCAACCCUUUUUGCACUCAGUGGAGAUAUAAUUGAAGGUCGACCAGUACUACUCAAAUUGGACUUCAAUCCACAUGAAUCUGGAUAUUAAUCACUUUGAUACCAAUGUAUAGCUCAAAUAAUUCAU